CCUCCAGCCCCUCGCUGUGUGAACAGCUCAACAUGAGCCCCAGUCUCCACCUGGCCUUGGUGUGUCUGAGUCUCUUCACUCAAAGGACGUGCGUCCAGGGGAAUCAGUUUAACAUGGAGGUCAGCAGAAGUGAAAAGCUGUCCCUUCCUGGCUUUGAGAACCUCACAGCAGGCUAUAACAAAUUCCUCAGGCCCAAUUUUGGCGGAGACCCCGUUCAGAUAGCACUGACUCUGGACGUAGCGAGCAUCUCCAGCAUCUCAGAGAGCAACAUGGACUUCACAGCCACCAUUUACCUCCGACAGCGCUGGACUGACCAGCGGCUGGUGUUCGAAGGCAACAAGAGCUUCACGCUGGAUGCCCGCCUCGUGGAGUUCCUCUGGGUGCCGGACACCUACAUCGUGGAGUCCAAGAAGUCCUUCCUCCAUGAAGUCACAGUGAGAAACAGGCUCAUUCGCCUCUUCUCCAAUGGCACCGUCCUCUAUGCUCUCAGAAUCACAACGACUGUGACGUGUAACAUGGAUCUGUCUAAGUACCCCAUGGACACACAGACGUGCAAGUUGCAGCUGGAGAGCUGGGGGUAUGACGGAAACGACGUGGAGUUCACCUGGCUGAGAGGCAACGACUCGGUGCGUGGGCUGGAGAACCUGCGGCUGGCUCAGUACACCAUCCAACAGUACUUCACCUGGGUCACCACAUCACAGCAGGAGACAGGAAACUAUACCCGGCUGGUCUUGCAGUUUGAGCUCCGCAGGAAUGUCCUGUAUUUCAUUCUGGAAACCUAUGUUCCUUCCACGUUCCUCGUGGUCUUGUCCUGGGUUUCAUUUUGGAUCUCCCUUGAGUCCGUUCCUGCAAGAACCUGCAUUGGAGUGACCACCGUGUUAUCAAUGACCACGCUGACGAUUGGGUCCCGCACAUCUCUACCCAACACCAACUGCUUCAUAAAGGCUAUCGACGUGUACCUGGGGAUCUGCUUCAGCUUCGUGUUUGGGGCCUUGCUGGAAUAUGCAGUGGUUCAUUACAGUUCCUUACAGCAGAUGGCAGCCGAAGACAGGGGGACGGCGAAGGAGGUGGACGAAGUCAAUAUCACCAACAUCAUCAACAGUUCCAUCUCCAGCUUUAAACGGAAGAUCAGCUUUGCCAAUGUUGAAAUUUGUGGUGAUCACGUGGACUACAGUGACUUGACAAUGAAAGCCAGUGACAAGGUCAAGUGCGUCUUCCGAGAAAAGAUCCAGAGGAUUGUUGACUGUUUCACAAUUCAAAACCCCAGCAAUGUCGAUCGCUACUCUAAACUGCUUUUUCCUCUGGUUUUCAUGCUCACCAAUGUGUUUUACUGGGCUUACUACAUGUACUUUUGA